AAGUGAGGGAAGGGACAGUUAACAACAGGGGCCAUCAACAGUGUUGAAUACGGUUAAGAAAUUACAAUGGACGUUGGCCUCUCUGACUUGUUUCUAAAAAAAAACAAACAACAACAACAACCAAAAACCCACGUGUGAACCUCAAAAGAGAAGUUUCUCUAGAGUGGGAGGGCAGAAAGCAGGAAACAGGAGGCUGAAGUAAGAGUAGAUGGUGAAAUGGUGAAGGUGGGGGAACUAACCUACACUUACUAAUAGCUGGGUAUGAAGAACAACAGCUUGAGAGGAAAGAGAAACUAUUAGGAUAAUCAAGGACAAACUCUUGUUUCAAAGCUAAGUUUCAAAUAAGAGCAUCUCCGUAAAGGAAAUCCGGACUGCAGGGCAGAUAACUAACAAAGGAAAUGGAAAACAAUGCCCUCUUGUCUGGAUUAACUUCAAAAGAAAGACAAGAACAUCUUUCUACUUAACCACAGAGGAAAGAGAAAAUUGGUGACAAUACAGGGAAGUCUGGAGGUAAAGAAGCGAGGACCCUGAAGGCGGGUAUGUCAGUUCAUUGGCCCUGCUGUGCUCAGGGAACUGGGCCAGAAGCAAAGUCAUGAGAACACUCAAGACCUUACUGAUGAAAACUCAGCAGAUUCUCUGUCAUAAAGAAUCUUAACAACUAAACUAAGAUAUUAAAAGGAAAAUACCAGAUGCCACUCUGCAGGCUGUGUUAACUACCAUUUACUGGACACAUUCAAAUCCUUCAGAAUCAACAGAGUAACCAGGCAGCAAAGAAGAAACACGAGCCAUGGACAACCUCACCUCUGUGGCUGGGAAUGGCAGCGUGUGCACCAGGGAUUACAAAAUCACCCAGGUCCUCUUCCCACUCCUCUAUACUGUCCUGUUUUUUGUUGGUCUCAUCAUAAACAGUCUGGCAAUGAGGAUUUUCUUUCAAAUCCACAGUAAAUCCAACUUUAUUAUUUUCCUUAAAAACACAGUCAUUUCUGACCUUCUCAUGAUUCUGACUUUUCCAUUCAAAAUCCUCAGCGAUACCAACCUGGGAACAGGACCGCUGAGAGCCUUUGUGUGCCAAGUGACCUCUGUCAUCUUUUACUUCACGAUGUACAUCAGUAUUUCAUUCCUAGGAUUGAUAACUAUCGAUCGCUACCAGAAGACCACCCAGCCAUUUAAAACAUCCAACCCCAACAAUCUACUGGGGGCAAAGAUUCUCUCUGUCGUCAUCUGGGCAUUCAUGUUCUUACUCUCCUUGCCUAACAUGAUUCUGACCAACAGGAGGCCGAGUGACAAGAAUGUGAAGAAAUGCUCUUUCCUGAAAUCAGAGUUUGGUCUGGUAUGGCAUGAGAUAGUCAAUUACAUCUGUCAAGUCAUUUUCUGGAUUAACUUUCUGAUUGUCGUUGUAUGCUAUACGCUCAUUACAAAAGAACUGUACAAGUCAUACGUAAGGACAAGGGGCGUAGGCAAAGUCCCCAAGAAAAAGGUGAACAUCAAAGUUUUCAUUAUCAUUGCUGUAUUUUUUAUUUGCUUUGUUCCUUUCCAUUUUGCCCGAAUUCCCUACACCCUGAGUCAAACUCGGGAUGUCUUUGACUGCUCUGCUGAAAAUACACUGUUCUAUGUGAAAGAGAGCACUCUUUGGUUAACGUCCCUGAACGCAUGCCUGGAUCCGUUCAUCUACUUUUUCCUUUGUAAAUCUUUCAAAAAUUCCCUGAUGGGUAUGCUCAAAUGCCCCAAUUCUGCAUCAUCUCCAUCCCACAAAAAUAGGAAAAAGGGACAGGAUGGUGGAGAGCCAAGCGAAGAGACUCCAAUGUAAAUCAACUGAGGUAAUACUUCAAUCUGUUACUAUUAACACUGACUAUGGAUUAGCUGAGUUAGUAACAGUAACUCUUGAAACAAAUCAUAGAAGACUACAGAAACAAUUUUCACUUACUGGUCCAGUAUUUGAAAGCAAUCUUAAAGUGUAGGAAGAUAACCUAACAUGUAGUCGUAUAGCAAACCAAACUGCAUCCAAUCACUAUACCAUGUGCAAAACUACACAGGAGUCAUGACCUGUAGAGCUUUGGUACAAUGGGUAACCAUACAACAAUAUCUACUGUAAUUCUUUAAAUACAUUACUGAUCACAAUGCCAUUAUCAACUUAUAAUCAACUGAGAAAGAAUGAUAAAUCGGAUAAAAAUCUUCUAAGUAUAUUAUACGUAUACAUACUUAUACAUGUGUAUAUAUAUACCCCAGACCCCUAACCAAUGCUGACCUAUGGUGAUACUCAUAAAAAUUUAAGUGGGACACUCAGAGAGCAGUAACUACUAACUUGUAAUUAUAAGCAAAAACCUAAGGGAUUUAAACUAAUUGAAAUGGCAGUUGAUUAGACUAAUUUUUUUUUUCAUUAAGAAGAUAGAGGCUUAAAAACUUCCUUUCCAAAAAAAGAGCACAAAUAGCAAAGUUAUUAAAAGUUAUUUUAUGACACCCUAAUACCAAAAACUUGUAUUUCCUUAACACUAGAGAAAACCAGUUUACUAAUAUUUUGACAACUUUAGUAAAUACAAUGCCAUUAUUAACACCUAUCUUUAUUAACUAGCUUCUAGAAACUACCUGUGACUUAGGUUAAUGAACAUUUCCCCUAAGAGAAAAACAAAUUAAAUAUGAUUAUGCAGUUGUAUAGCAUAACUAUUAACAGGAAAGUGAUAAAAAUGUUUGAAAUUAUCUGUUUGUCAUUUGUGCGUAUAACAAAAGAUUUACAUUAAACUCUAAAAAUACCCUUCGUUGGAAUUUUUCUUUAAAGAUAUGAGAUACCGUGACUCACCUCCUAUAUACUCCUCAGACCCAUUUAAGAAAGAACAGUUGCCGACACCAUCCUUUUUAUUACAAGCUACUGGGCAGUCUCCUUUGAAGGUGACAUCUUACAUCAAUUAGUUCAUAUGUAAGUGAAAAAAUAUGUCAAACUUACAAUGUAGCCUGACUUCACACAAGCCCUAUUAUUUUUAAUGUAAACAAAAUAUAUAACACACUUGGAAGUUGGCAUCAUUCAUUUCAAUUACUUUUGAUCCUCAGAGGUCACUGCCAAACACAAGGCAUAGAUACCAACAUCGAAACAUAAUGUGAGAAGACAUAAAAAGGGAUUUUUACCCAAGCCCUCCACAAGUUGUGCUGAGUUAAAUUUCAGUACAAAGUUGAACUCAGUUAACUCUCCAAAGGGUAUCUAUUCUUGAGCGGCCACAUUUCCUUCUCGGGUGAGCACUGGACAUUGGUGGUGAUGCACACAGAGACAGGCAUCAAAAAAGAUGCAUGUUCUACUGACCGCUGGGACAAAAGCAACAGCCAUUUCUGCCACAUAGAGUAAGGCAGUUCACUCUAAUGCCAUAUGAGUAAGUGUGCACAUUCUGUAAGAAUUCCAGGAUACGUGAGCUAAAAGAGAAACUAAGGAUCAACUCACCUGACCUGCCAAUUUUGCACAGGGGAAAAACGAAGGGCAGACAGCCCCCCAACCCAGCCACGUUGGGGGCAGGGACUGGAGUAAGACCAGGCACAUGUCAGGACCACAUGAGGUGUCAGGAGACCGCCUGCAGAGUGGGCAAAGGCUCCUGCAUAAUCUGUCAUGUUAGAUUAAACUUAUUCACUGAGAUAACAACUUCCACAAGAGAAAGAAAAAAAUCAGAAAAGCUAAUGGUAAUACAUACUUUUGUUGAAAAAGUUUGUAAAAAGUUCAGAAUUAUCUAUUUUUAUAU